UAGUCUGCAUGGCGACAUGUAGACCCUUGGCUCUCCCCUCCCAGAAAAUGGGGGCAACAGACCUAGUAAUUAAUAUAUCAGCUGGUUGCCCCAUAUAACACGCAGUGACCCAUGUUUGUGGCCCAGACGUAAGCCUCGUACAGUAGGUCCGCGCUCAGAUCACUUUUCGCUGCAUUGACUAAGUUACAGUAAUACACGUAAUUCAGCUAACAUUUAUUAGAAGCAUUAUAAUCAACAAACCAUUAUAAUCAACGGUUUCCUGUCAUCUUCAAAGGAGUGUCAGGCUAUGUCUGUGUUUUUUUAAUGCAUUCACAAACACCUCUAUUCAAAUGCAGCUCUUAAUGUAAUCAUCUCCUUACACAGAGCUGUGCUUGGGUUAAACAAUAGAGGAGAGUGUGCACCCUGCAAGCGCUCCCAGGAAACUGAUGGGAGGAGGAGGAGGAAGGAGCUGGAGGCAGAACUUGUUGGACAGCCUUGGAUUGCUGCUCUCAGUGACACUAUUUUCCAGCAGCAGCCAGGGGAGAGGACAGCAGAGCCGGUGCUCUGGCACAGUCCCUGUACUGAGGCUAUACAGGGGCACACAUCAGGUGGCACACUGUACUAUACAUAGGGAGAGGGUAGCAUGCCAAGUCCCCAUCGCCUGGAAGAGAAGAUUCUACUGCACUCUGCUCUGUGUCACAUACAACACGUAUGAUGGAGAAGGACAAUCUCAUGUGUUUGCUGAAGCUGCAGAGCACAGAAGUUAUGGUGACACUAGAGCACAGGAGUCUGAGUUGGACCUUUAGCAAGAAGUGGACAUGGAGGCAGAAACAUGCCACCGUGUCUAUUCCAGUCAGUGAAAUUGUCACAGUUCUGCAGGGUGAUGGGAAACCACGGAUAAAGGAGAUGGCCGCCCCCAGCCACCAGUUUACAGUGUUCCACGUGUGUCGCAAGUCUCAGCGCUGGUCUCUGCAAGUGGUGACGUUCACAGCUCCAGACGCCCAGGUGGCUCAUAGCUGGGUGCAGAGUAUACAGGAGAGAAUACACCAGACAGGACACCUGAGGCCAAGGAAGCUCCUGGUGUUUAUCAACCCCUAUGGUGGCUGCGGGAAAGGAUCACAGAUUUACUACACUAAAAUAAGCCACCUCUUCCAGCUGGCGGGAAUUGACAGUGUUGUCAUCGAGACGACACGAGCAAAUCAUGCCAGAGACUACCUAAUAGAGGCAGAUCUACAGCAAUACGACGGAGUGGUGUGUGUUGGCGGUGACGGGAUGUUCAGUGAAUUACUUCAUGGUCUGGUGAAGCGCACACAGAGUGACAGUGGGGUGUGUGAGGACAAGGAGGAUGCCAAGCUCGCACCGUGUAACCUUCGCAUAGGGAUUAUUCCUGCCGGCUCUACGGAUUGUGUGUGUUUCGCUACAAUGGGAAUCAAUGACCCUGUGACAUCAGCCCUUCAUAUUAUUAUAGGAGACACACAACCCCUGGAUGUUUGUGCUUCGUACCACAAUGGAGAGCUCAUGAAAUAUUCUGUAUCUCUGAUUGGCUACGGCUUCUUUGGGGAUGUUCUAAGGGAGAGUGAAAACAUGCGUUGGGUGGGACCUAUACGAUACGAUUUAGCAGGUUUCAAGACUGUGCUUGGCAAUCGGUCAUAUAGAGGCACAGUAGAAUUCUUGGAGACUGCUGACCGGAACUCUACUCCAAGAGACAACACUCGCUGCAGGACGGGGUGUCUUGUCUGUUCCGAAUCAUCGGGAAGAUUAAAUGAGAUGGCAGCGGAAUCUCAGGACUGUGUAUCAGACUCCUGGAGAACAGUUACUGGUUCCUUCACAGCACUUAACAUUACCGGCAUAUCCAGCGCAUGCCCGAAGAGCCAAGACGGGUUGUCGCCGACCGCGCACUUAGCAGAUGGCACCGCUGACCUGAUAAUCGUACGAGAGUGUAGCACAUACCAGUUCCUGCGAUAUCUUAGCAGGCUCACCAACCGCAAAGACCAGUUUGCUCUGCCUAAUGUGGAAGUUCAUCGGAUCCACGCCAUGCGCUUUAUCCCCGAGCAGCUCGAUGAGGAGAAAGAAAUCCAGCGUGAGAAGCGACUGUUUGCCUGCCCCUGUACAGAAGUACUGGACACCAGCACUUGGAACUGUGACGGAGAGAUCUUGAACUGUGCCCAACUCAGUGUGAGAGUACAUCACCAGCUCAUCCAGCUCUUUGCACGGGGAAUAGAAGACACCUCAAGCAGCUAAGGAGAAUUCCCUAACACACCCAAGGGUUAAACACAUUACUGACUACACGCCUGGACCUGUACAUGUGACCAGAAUGAAACAUAUAUGUUAUACCGCUGCUGGGUUGGCUAUGGUGGCCUGCUGGACGGGUACCAACGGGCAUCAGGAAUCUUAAACUGCCAUGCACUUUGUCUGCCAGAAUGUAAAGCAGCUUUCUGGCAGCUAAUGGGUUACGAGCUUAUGUACAUAGUAAUAGCUCCAAUCUAAUGUAUUUAAUUAUUUUGUCCCAUACUGGGGUUUUAAUUAAAAUUGAAUGUUUAUUUAUAUCCAGUUAAAAUCGGUGUCAAGCCUGGAGCUUGCCUGCUAUAUUUAUGUCUGCAAAGAAACAACACUGGCUUACGCAAAGAGUCAUUUUUACUUCUGGUGUUUUAAUUCUAGGUGUAACGAGAGCCACCUGCCGGCUGUGUGAUUCGUGCAUUUGUACAAAGUGAGGCACCUGCUGGCCGUGUGAUCUGUGCAUCUGUACAGAGAGAGGCACCUGCUGGCUGUGUGAUCCGUGCAUCUGUACAGAGAGAGGCACCUGCCGGCUGUGUGAUUCGUGCAUUUGUACAAAGUGAGGCACCUGCUGGCCGUGUGAUCUGUGCAUCUGUACAGAGAGAGGCACCUGCUGGCUGUGUGAUCCGUGCAUCUGUACAGAGAGAGGCACCUGCCGGCUGUGUGAUUCGUGCAUUUGUACAAAGUGAGGCACCUGCUGGCCGUGUGAUCUGUGCAUCUGUACAGAGAGAGGCACCUGCUGGCUGUGUGAUCCGUGCAUCUGUACAGAGAGAGGCACCUGCCGGCUGUGUGAUUUGUGCAUCUGUACAGAGAGAGGCACCUGCCGGCUGUGUGAUUUGUGCAUCUGUACAGAGAGAGGCACCUGCCGGCUGUGUGAUCCGUGCAUCUGUACAGAGAGAGGCACCUGCCGGCUGUGUGAUUUGUGCGUCUGUACAGAAAGAGGCACCUGCCGGCUGUGUGAUUUGUGCGUCUGUACAGAAAGAGGCACCUGCCGGCUGUGUGAUUUGUGCAUCUGUACAGAAAGAGGCACCUGCCGGCUGUGUGAUUUGUGCAUCUGUACAGAGAGAGCCACCUGCCGGCUGUGUGAUUCGUGCAUUUGUACAAAGUGAGGCACCUGCUGGCCGUGUGAUCUGUGCAUCUGUACAGAGAGAGGCACCUGCCGGCUGUGUGAUUUGUGCAUCUGUACAGAGAGAGGCACCUGCCGGCUGUGUGAUUUGUGCAUCUGUACAGAGAGAGGCACCUGCCGGCUGUGUGAUCCGUGCAUCUGUACAGAGAGAGGCACCUGCCGGCUGUGUGAUUUGUGCGUCUGUACAGAAAGAGGCACCUGCCGGCUGUGUGAUUUGUGCGUCUGUACAGAAAGAGGCACCUGCCGGCUGUGUGAUUUGUGCAUCUGUACAGAAAGAGGCACCUGCCGGCUGUGUGAUUUGUGCAUCUGUACAGAGAGAGCCACCUGCCGGCUGUGUGAUUCGUGCAUUUGUACAAAGUGAGGCACCUGCUGGCCGUGUGAUCUGUGCAUCUGUACAGAGAGAGGCACCUGCCGGCUGUGUGAUUUGUGCAUCUGUACAGAGAGAGGCACCUGCCGGCUGUGUGAUUUGUGCAUCUGUACAGAGAGAGGCACCUGCCGGCUGUGUGAUCUGUGCAUCUGUACAGAGAGAGGCACCUGCCGGCUGUGUGAUUUGUGCGUCUGUACAGAAAGAGGCACCUGCCGGCUGUGUGAUUUGUGCGUCUGUACAGAAAGAGGCACCUGCCGGCUGUGUGAUUUGUGCAUCUGUACAGAAAGAGGCACCUGCCGGCUGUGUGAUUUGUGCAUCUGUACAGAGAGAGCCACCUGCCGGCUGUGUGAUUCGUGCAUUUGUACAAAGUGAGGCACCUGCUGGCCGUGUGAUCUGUGCAUCUGUACAGAGAGAGGCACCUGCUGGCUGUGUGAUUCGUGCAUCUGUACAGAGAGAGGCACCUGCCGGCUGUGUGAUCCGUGCAUCUGUACAGAGAGAGGCACCUGCCGGCUGUGUGAUUUGUGCGUCUGUACAGAAAGAGGCACCUGCCGGCUGUGUGAUUUGUGCAUCUGUACAGAGAGAGCCACCUGCCGGCUGUGUGAUUUGUGCAUUUGUACAAAGGUAGGCACCUGCUGGCCGUGUGAUCUGUGCAUCUGUACAGAGAGAGGCACCUGCUGGCUGUGUGAUCCGUGCAUCUGUACAGAGAGAGGCACCUGCCGGCUGUGUGAUUCGUGCAUUUGUACAAAGUGAGGCACCUGCUGGCCGUGUGAUCUGUGCAUCUGUACAGAGAGAGGCACCUGCUAGCUGUGUGAUCCGUGCAUCUGUACAGAGAGAGGCACCUGCCGGCUGUGUGAUUUGUGCAUCUGUACAGAGAGAGGCACCUGCCGGCUGUGUGAUUCGUGCAUUUGUACAAAGUGAGGCACCUGCUGGCCGUGUGAUCUGUGCAUCUGUACAGAGAGAGGCACCUGCUAGCUGUGUGAUCCGUGCAUCUGUACAGAGAGAGGCACCUGCCGGCUGUGUGAUUUGUGCAUCUGUACAGAGAGAGGCACCUGCCGGCUGUGUGAUUUGUGCAUCUGUACAGAGAGAGGCACCUGCCGGCUGUGUGAUCCGUGCGUCUGUACAGAGAGAGGCACCUGCCGGCUGUGUGAUCCGUGCGUCUGUACAGAGAGAGGCACCUGCCGGCUGUGUGAUCCGUGCAUCUGUACCGAGAGAGGCACCUGCCGGCUGUGUGAUCCGUGCAUCUGUACAGAGAGAGGUACCUGCCGGCUGUGUGAUUUGUGCAUCUGUACAGAGAGAGGCACCUGCCGGCUGUGUGAUCCGUGCAUCUGUACAGAGAGAGGCACCUGCCGGCUGUGUGAUCCGUGCAUCUGUACAGAGAGAGGCACCUGCCGGCUGUGUGAUCUGUGCGUCUGUACAGAGAGAGGCACCUGCCGGCUGUGUGAUCUGUGCGUCUGUACAGAAAGAGGCACCUGCCGGCUGUGUGAUCUGUGCAUUUGUAGAUGUUGCAAAGAAAUUCUAUUAGAGUUUCAAUAUAAUAACUUUAUUUUUAUUUUUUUUAACAUCUUGCUAUUUAAACUAAAAUUUCAACAGAACAUUCUUCAGUCAACACAAUGGUGGUCACUAUCAGGCCUGCUUGAUAUUAAGAUUAUGCAUUUGAAUACCAGCACAUCUACAGAUUCUUAGUUCAAAGUAUAUCAAUUAACAUUGGUGACAUUUUGCAAAACAUGUUAAAUAAAAAUGCACACGUUGGCUCUG